AUGAUACGACGGAAUCAGUUCUUGCAGAUAUAUAAGAAUUGCAUAGUAUUUAAAAGACUUAAACAUCAACAAUCAGCAAUUUUCAAACAGCCAAAAUCAGAUCAUUCUUACGAAAGUAGAAAGCUAGACAUUCAAAAAUCAGAACCAAAUAGGCUAAAAAACUAUUAUCCAGCUAUAGAUGACAUACGACAAAAACUACAAAACUCUACAAAAUUAAGAAUACCCGAGUUUAGAUCAAAAUUUGAAAACAUACAAUUUGAAGAACUUGAAAAUAAAAGAAGUGAAUUUUCAUAUGUACUUGAAGGAAGAAUUAUCAAUAUUAGAAAAGCAGGUAAAGGAUUAUAUUUUAUUGAUUUAAUACAAGAUGACAGACAAGUGCAAUUAAUGGCCACUAAUAAAUUAAUGAAUAUGGAAACGAAUGAAUUUGAUAAUAUUCAUAGUUGGUUUAAAAUUGGGGAUUAUAUUUCAGGAAAUGGAUUUGCUUCAAGAACCAAAACUAAUGAAUUAACUUUGAAAUUAAACAAACCAAUUGAGAUUUUAACUCCUUGCUUAGUUAACAUUCCAAACAAAUUAAUAGAUAAAGGCUUAAUAAAUAAUAAUAGAGUACUAAAUUAUUUAGUAAAUCCAAUUUCAAAAAAACCAAUAAUUAUUAAAUCAAAAAUUAUUCAAAUUAUUAGACAAUUCUUUUUGAAUAAAGAUUUCUUGGAAGUUUCAACUCCAAUAUUAAGUAACGAAGGAACAGGAGCAAAUGCAAAUCCAUUUAUUACAAAUUUUAAAGAUCAAAAAAUUCAAUUAAGAGUUGCACCAGAAUUAUGGUUAAAAAAAUUAGUAAUUGGAGGGUUUGAUAAAAUAUUUGAAAUUGGUCAAAAUUUUAGAAAUGAAGGUAUUGAUAAUACUCAUAAUCCAGAAUUUACUUCAUGUGAAUUUUAUAAAACUUACACAAGUUUACAAGAAUUAAUGGAAAUUACAGAGGAGUUAUUUAUUGAAUUAUUCAAGAAAUUUGAAUAUGGGGAUUUCAAUAAUAUCAAACAUUUUCCAAAAUAUGAAUUUAUACCCACGUUGGAAGAAAUAACAGGAGUGAAAUUACCAUUAGAUUUGAAUUUAGAUAGUAUUACAAAAUACUACAAUACAUUAAAUUUACCAGUCCCCGAAAAUUCGAAUCCAACUAGUUUACUCAACAAUUUAAGUGAAAUAUAUUUAGAGUCCUUGAGUAUAACCAAACAUCCAAAUGUACCAGUAUUUAUAUAUAAUCAACCAGAAAUUUUAUCACCACUAGCUAAAUCAAAAACUAUAAAUGGAUUAAAAAUAUCAUCAAGAUUUGAAUUAUUCAUUAAUGGUAAAGAAUUCGUUAACGCCUACGAAGAAGAAAAUGAUCCACAACAACAAUUUCAAAAAUUUAAAUUACAACAAGAAAGUAAACUUAAUUAUGGAGAUAAAGAACUGAUUAUACCAGAUUGGCAAUACAUACAAGCUAUGAAUUUAGGUUUACAACCAACUGGUGGAUGGGGGAUAGGAAUUGAUCGAUUGGCUAUGUUAAUAAGUGGAGUAGAUAGAAUUGACAAUGUUUUACCAUUUGGAAAUUUAAGAGAUGUUUUAAAGCAAUAG